ACACAGCAUUAAUAAGUUUUAGUUUGUUUAUUUUUAUCUGACUACUUCUGGGAUUACAAAAAAAAUGGAGACAAUACGCAAACAGAUGAAGAAACAUCCAGGGCUAAUCCCUCAGUUCAUCUUCCUCACUUUGGGCAUGUCUGGGGCCCUGCUCUACCUGGUCCGCCUGUCAAGAGGCCCCCAUGUCACCCUUUGGGACAGAAAGAACAACCCUGAGCCAUGGAGCAAGCUUGAUCCCACCUACCAGUACAAGUUUGUGGCCGUCAACACGGACUACAAGAGCCUGAAGAAGCAGGGCCCUGACUUCUAAAGGUCCUCCGUGCGACGGCGGAGGUUCAGGCCGCAGGACGCCCCACUGACACGACACGCUGCCCUCAAAAUGUCUUCCCUGCACAAUCGCCCGUGUAACAUUCUCACCUUGGAACAUAAUUGAGAAUA